GGUGAUUCACACUUGAAACAAUAUCUUCCAUUAAUUCAAGACGAGCCCAAAUAUCCUAUCAUAAUGGAUAGCUCUAAUGUAGUACUGUCAAUGCCUCCAAUAAUAAAUGGCGAACAUUCUCGUAUCACUACGAAAACACGGAAUAUAUUCAUUGAGGCAACUGGAACAGAUUUACAUAAAGCUAUUGUUGUUCUCGACACGCUUGUCACAAUGUUUUCGGAGUACUGUGAAAAACCGUUUACCGCUGAAUCAGUCGAAAUUAUCCAACAUGAUGGCAGUCGUUGUUUAUAUCCGCGUUUAGAUUAUCGUGAUGAAGUUGUCAGUAUCGAUUAUAUAAACAGACAGUUGGGUACAAAAUUCUCAGAAACAGAAGUGAUCAGUCUAUUGACUCGUAUGGGCUUGACGUGUACAAGUAUUCCAUCAAGUCAGUGUUUGGAUCCAGUGUCAGGACAAACAUCUGGUCUUAUCUCUGUACGUGUGCCACCUACAAGACACGAUAUCUUGCAUGCCUGUGAUAUAGCCGAGGAUGUUGCUAUUGCAUUCGGUUACGAUAAUAUACCGGAAAGUUUGCCUCAAACCUAUUGUGUAGCUGGCAAUCAACCCCUUAAUCGUUUGUCUGAUCUUGUUCGUGCUGAAAUAGCUCAAAUGGGAUUCACAGAAGCGUUAAGUUUCUCUUUGUGUUCUCGGGAGGAUAUCAGCUGCAAAUUACGUUACUCAUUGGAUGAUAUUCCAGCUGUACAUAUAUCGAAUCCGAAAACGCUUGACUUUCAGGUGGUUCGAACAAGCUUACUACCAGGAAUUCUGCACACUUUAGCCAGUAAUAGAAGUUUACCGCUUCCCUUGAAAUUAUUUGAAGUUCAGGAUAUUGUGGUCAAAAACCCAUCGAAAGAUGUUGGCGCUUCUAAUCACCGCCGUAUUUGCGCUGUCCACUAUAAUAAGAAUUCUGGUUUUGAAAUUAUUCAUGGUCUGUUAGACAGGUUGAUGCAAUUAUUCCAGGUUGAAUCAGUUUUGUUUAAAGCUGGGAAAAAGUCUGGCGAUGUUGAAAUCCAGUCAUGUAUGACUUAUAAAUUGAAAGCUACUUCAGAUCCAACCUAUUUUGAUGGUCGUUGUGCUGAUGUCAUCCUAGAGCCCGGUGACAGAAUUAUUGGGCGAGUUGGGAUACUACACCCUGAAGUCUUGAAGAAUUUCGAAUUAUCACUGCCUUGCUCAGCGUUGGAUUUAGAUCUUGAAGCUUUUCUCUGAUGUACAAUUUUCUGUCUAUCGAGCCAGUAUUUUCUCGAAUAAAAAAUUGAAAGCUUA